AUGGCGUCGUCCACUCCACAUCUGGAUGCUCUGCGCCGAGACGGCUUCGUCAAGAUUCCUCAGCUCCUACCACCACAUGUGCUGUUGGCCUUGAGGGCAUCGUGCAAAUACACCACCGAGCGGGCACGGAACGGCAAAUGGCCCUACGUUCGGACCGUGCCCAAGCAAUACCCGCCCUGGCAGGAAUGGAAACCGGGCGACAACAUCUGGGGUGUCCAGCAUCUGCUGCACCCAGACAUGAACGUCCGCGAUACGUUCGCCGAAGUCUACUUCUCGGACGACAUCCUCGACGUAGUCAAAGAGCUCGUCGGGCUCCAGAGCGACCCGGCCGCCGACGACAAGCUGGUGAUGGAACUUUUCAACCUGUUGGUCAGUCCCGCCGACCAGGUCGACUUUGAGCUUUGCUGGCAUCGAGACGACAUUCGACCCGACGUGACUCCCGAGGAAGAGGAGAGACAGCUGCAGGAGAAAAGUGCCGAGGGUCAGCAGUUGCAUGCACAGUAUAACAUUGCACUGUUCGACGAUGCAUCCCUGAUUGUGGUGCCGGGCAGCCAUCGACGAAUAAGGACCGACGCAGAAAGGGAGGCCGCCCCAUACGAGCCGAAUUUACCGGGGCAACUCGUCGUCGAAUUGCAGCCGGGGGAUGCAGUCUUUUACGAUAGCAACAUCCUGCACAGAGGUGUCUACAAGGGCAUCGACACGUCCCGGGAGCUGGGCCGGAUGACGUUGCACGGAUCCGUGGGAUUGGCAGGCCAUGGCACCGAGCGUGCUCGACAAGUACUACAGCAUGCCGUGGGCGAGUGGGUCGACAGAGCGCAGUUCUCGAUCGAGGGCCGCAAGGGCGAAAGGGCGGAGGCCAUGCGGAAAAGACUGGUUGAGAUGGGCAGUGGGAAGGAUCUCGGGUAUUCGCUUGUGGGAUGA